AAGAUAUAGUUAACAUGGUCUAUUACUUUAUACAUAAAAAUUUCACUGCAAUUUGCUCAGGUACACCCCACUAUACUAUAUAUGCCCCACCUCCCCCUUCCCAUUCCUCACUUCUACUUUGAUUUAUUACCAGCCUUCCUCUCUCACAGGUACAUAGAUGGUUGAUUUGGAAAUUCAGAUUCCAAACAGAUUUGACCCUUUCGCGGAGGCAAAAGAAUCAGAUGCGCCGGGGGUGAAAGAGUAUGUACAUGUCCGCAUACAGCAGAGGAAUGGGAAGAAGAGCUUGACCACAGUGCAGGGGCUGAAGAAGGAGUUCAGCUAUGAGAAGAUCCUCAAGGACCUCAAGAAGGAGUUCUGCUGCAACGGGAACGUAGUGCAUGACAAGGAACUCGGCAAGAUUAUCCAGCUCCAAGGUGAUCAGCGCAAGAAUGUUUCUCACUUCCUUGUUCAGGCUGGACUUGUUAAGAAGGACCGCAUCAAGAUUCAUGGUUUCUGACCAGUUAAGGUGUUUGUGUUUUUAGUUAUUACUAUAUACAUGCUAUGCUAUGCUUGUAUUAAGUAAAGAUAAUGACAGUGCAUCUGAGUAUAUGAAAUAAGUAAGGAGUUUGGAAUAUUUUGUUGAUUUUUGUUUUAUGAUUGAUAGGUUGUGUUAGGCUUGUGAUAGACAAUGUACUGGUUGUGUAUUUAACAUGAAUCAAAUGAUCUGUAUAACAGACCUCACUGAGUGAGAUAAGACUUUUGUUGAUUGAAAUAUAUGGGUGUUAUAUGGUUAGGUUAA